AAACCUUACCCAAAUCCACACUGAUCUCGUCAUGGCAGCUCCAAAUCCUUCUGCUACUAUGGCGGCGGCGGCGGCGUCCACGCCGGCGAGGGCUUGGUGGCGGGCGGCUGCUCCGGCGAGUGCCUCAACUGCAGCUGUAAGCUGCUUCCGAGUUGGGGCCAAGAGCCUCACAGGGCUUCAGAUGACAAGCACCCGCGCGAACAAAGUUCGGACAGUUCAUGUCAAAAGCGGGGAGGCAGAAGGAAGUCCAAGCACAGAGAGCAUCACCCGCGACGAGGAAACUCUGCAGCGUGACUUGCAAACAGCGAUUCAGGAAGAAAACUAUGCCCAGGCCGCGAAGCUCAGGGACGAGCUCCGAGUCCUCCAGGAGGACAGCAGGUCAGCAGUGCUGGCAGCGAAUGCGCGGUUCUACAAUGCCUUCAAGAACGGGGAUCUUGUCGCAAUGCACUCGGCAUGGGCGAAGGGCGACCAUGUGUACGUUGUUCAUCCUUCGGCAGGCCGGAUAUCGGGCUACGACAUGGUGAUGCAGAGCUGGGAGAUGGUGUGCGACGCGGACUACGAGUUCCCUCUCCAGAUUGAUCUGCAGGAUGUUGAGGUCCAUGUGAGAGGUGAUCUUGGGUAUGUGACCUGCCUGGAGCUGGUUAAGACCAAAGGGAGCAGCAGCUGGGGAAGGCAGGUUGCGACCAAUGUGUUUGAGAAGGUUGAUGGCAAAUGGUUCAUUUGUAUCCACCAUGCCUCUCACUUCGAUGAGUGAGGCUGAAUUUCUUGGAGAGAGGAAGAGCUGCAAGUGCAGAUAUGGCGUGAGGUUUUGCAGUACAGGCGUGAGACAUAUACUUCGCUGUUUUCUUAAGGUCCUUGAUAUGACCUUUUUGUAGAACCCUUUUUGUACCAAUACUAUCAUCGAAUGAUGCUGCUAUUUUGAGGAGUAUUAGUAGUAGGUACAGACAACCAGAACCCUGAUGGAAUUGUAACUCGGCGUGGCUGAGAUAUUCGUCAGACUGUUAAGUCCCUUUUCCUACUGUUGUACGCUGCAAUCUAUCCGCGUGCAGAUGUAUUUUGCCAA